AUGAAAAUAAAAGAAUUAAUAAAUAUAAUAAUAUUUUUAAUAACGAUAAAUUUAAAUAGCAAUUUUAUAUAUAUUAAUGGAUCACCAAUUCAAAAUAAAUUUACAGGUGGUGGUGUCACAACAUCACUAGUUGGAUCAUCAUUAGUUGGAACCAAAAUAAAGUCAUCAUCUUCAACCAUAUCGGCAAUAGAUGGCUCUUUUUUAAAUACUCUAAAUAAUAAUUAUUUAAAUACAGAUAAUAAUGAUUCACCUUUAUUACGAUCACCAAUAAAAGACAUAACGAGUAGCGCCACACAAAAUUUACUUCCAUUCACAAAUACAAAAAACCAUAGGACUCAGCAACCACAACCAUUACCCACUUCUGCAAACAUAAUUGCAUCUAGCACUACAACAUCUCCAGCAACCACAAUCCCAACCUCUCCUGUUUCAUCAACACCAACAACAACCAGCGAAGCUUCUUUUAUUGAUAAUACCUCAUCAAAAGCAAAAACAUCAUCACCAAUUGAAACUAACCCAAUUUCUUCAACCCCAAAUGAAAAAACAAUUUCAAACCAUAAUUCAAUUAUAUCAUCCAGAGCACCCAAAAAUAAUAAAAAAAAACCUUCUAAACAAAAUAAUAAUAACAUAAACACAAUAAGCGAAGAUGAUAUUUUUUAUGAAGAUUAUAAUUUAUUUCCAUCACAAUUUAGUUUUUGUGUAGGUGGAAUCUGUCCCAAUGGGGCUUGUAUGGGUGACUACCCAGGAUGUAUUGGCCAACUCAAUGAUAUAACAACAAGGUGCCCAUAUAAUGAACCAGUAAGGUGUAUGGAUGGUUCAUGCAGCAAGUCUCAAGGGUUGUGUCCAGAUUCAAUAGUUAACAAUUGUACAUUCGGUAUAUGCCCCAACGGACAAUGUGGACCAUGUAAUCAAUAUGAUGGUUGUACAGCCGAGUUACCAUUUCAAUGUCCAACCGGUAUUUGUGUGGAGUCAUCAUCAAGCUGCGAUAAAUGUGAGAAUGGUCAUUUAAAAUGCUUUGAUGGUUCUUGUAAAUCACCAUGUCCAUUUCCACCUUAUUAUUAUAAACCAAUUUUAUUAUCAAGGACUAUUAUGGAAGGAAAUAAAGAUACAAAAGUUUCAGUUAAUACUUAUGAAUCACCAUUUGAUUUUAACUCGGAUCAUAUUAAAAUUGUUGAUAUAUACAUCGAAUCAAAUACAUUACCAUCUUUGACCCAAAUAAAAGUUCAACCAGUAGCAGAUUCAAUAGUAGAAGCUAUAAAAAGCGAUGAUAGUUUAAAUUAUAAAUAUCAACUAUCACUUUUAACCCCAAUCAUUAAUAUUACUGCAUCAGUUAACGGAACCCAUAUAAGUCAUUUCAAAAAUAAAAUUAGAUUUGAAUUUAAUCUAAUAAACAAUCCUACAUUUGAUGUAAAUAAAUUAUAUUUUGCUUUUAUAAAUGAAACUACCGGUAAAUGGGAAAAAUGUUCAAAUAUUUCUAUUGUAGAUUCAAUGAUAAUUGGAUACACUGAUCAUUUUACAUCCUUUGCUGUUUUGACAUCUAUAACUGGGUCAUUUGGAAGUAGCUAUUAUAACAAAGCAAGUAUUAAUGGUGUUAAAACCAGUCAAAGUCCAUUCGCAAUGACAAAAAGUAAUCUUCCAACCAUUUUAGGUAUUGUAUUUGGAUGUGUUGGGGCAUGCGUUUUAAUUAUUGUCGGUGGUGUAAUACUUCAUCACUCUUCAAAACAUGGUGGCCUAAGACAUUGGUUAAUUUCUCGUUCAAAAUACUCAAAUGAAAAUAAUAGUAAUAACAGUAAUAACAUUAAUAUUAGUAAUAGUGUUGUCAUUAAAGAAAAAAAAAAUAAAAAGAAAAAAAAAGAUAGUACAGGUUCAAUAUCAACAAGCCCAAAGAUAUCAGAAUCUUCAGAACUAAUGCUAAAUAAUAGUACGACUAGUAUAACCAGAACAAUUUCUAAUAAUAGUAUAAGUAGUAAUGAUUCAAAUACGAGUGGUAUUAGUAAUAGUAUAGACUGUAGUAGCGAUAAUAUUUUAAUAAAUCAAAGCAAUAAUAAUAAUACUAAUAAUAAUAAUAUCAAUAUUAAUAAUUUUAUUAUUAAUAAUAAUAAUAAUAAUAAUAAUAAUAAUAAUAAUAAUAAUAAUAAUAAUAAUAAUAAUAAUAAUAAUAAUAAUAAUACCAAUAAUAAUAUUCAUAAUAAUAUUCAUAAUAAUCAAAAUAUUGAAUCCACCCAAAAUAUCCCAGCUAAUAGCGAAACAACUAUUGAUAUUAAUAGCAUAUAA